AUGGAGAACUUAGCAACACCGGAGAAACAACCCGCAACUUCACAACCGCAACAAUUCUCGCCAACACCUACCCAACCUUCACCAAACACUACCAUACCACCACCACCACCACCACAAUCUACACAACCUACUUCUACAUCUCCACAGUCGUCUCCUUACGUUAGAAUCAUUCCUGAUGACACUCCAUCACCGAUUCAAACUCAAGCACCUAAUGCAACAUCAAUUCAGCAAGCCACUCGACCGGUUAUUUCACAGCAAAGUCAGCCAAUGCCAAAUCUUUAUAGAUCAACCAUCUAUGAUCAAGGAAAUAACUCAGGUGAUUAUGAUGAUGGCUAUGAGGAAUAUGAUAACUACAUGGGUCAAAAUGAGAGACAAGUGGUUAACACGGGUAACUAUAAGAGGCAAACAGUCGGAUUGGGUGCGGCAGAGAGAGUCAAUCAAGGGAACGCAGGGUAUCAACAAUAUGUGCAACCAACGCCAAUACAACAACAGAUACCACAACCAUAUCAUCAACCUGGCCCACUCAAUCAGCAGCCUGCUCCGAGAAGGCCGGUGGUGGAUAUUCCAUUACCACCGCCGGCACCUCAGAUGCAGGGUCAGGCAAGACCGCUGCCACGAAAUUUACACCGACCGGUGAUUUUACCGGAAGGAAUUCCACGUCGAAAUAAUCAAGGUCCAGUUCGGGGCAUAGAGAGCCACUUCAGGCCUGCUAUAGUUAACAACCCAUCACCGGUUGUGAUCCCGCAAUUACAAGGAGGGCGGUCAUUCGAAGUUCGAACGCAAUAA